GGUCGCCGGCCUCCGUGCGACAACGUCAACAACAAAUCGACUGUUACAUACGAGCCUUCAACGUUAGUCCAAAGCAACAGUCUGAUACGAGACCGCCCAACUGAAGCAGACCCAGAAUUCCCCAGUCUCGAUCACUAAUUGUCUAACCGUCCGCCCAUUUCCCUCGUCCAACGAAUCUCUCCAUUACACACAUCAUCCUUUCCUGCCCUGUCAUUGCGGCAUUUGCUGCAAACAAUGGCAGGAGCAGACCCUAGACGGUCGUCAAGAGCGCGGGCAACGCAAUCACAGUCACAAAUAUCUUCCACUGCCUCGAGCGUCUCGGGACGCCUCGAGCGAAGCUCUCGGCACUUCAACAAAGGCGGCUCGCCGCAGAAGUCGACUUCGACAGGCUCGCUUUCAUCGGAGCCACCAGAAGACACGAUCACAGCCGAGGACUUAGUCACCACACGUCGUCGCACUCGCGGACAAGCCGAAGAGAGAGAUCGAACAGCACCUAAAGCACAAGCAAUCGCCAUGACGAACGGGGACGGCGAUGUCCAGGAAGAGGACGAGGCUGUCCGCUGCGUCUGCGGUAACGACGAGUAUCAAGGGCCGCCGCCACUGGAUGAGGACUCUAAACACGGCUUCAAACAUGGCUUCGAUCUCGAUUCCUUUUUCUCGGCCGACGUCACCGACGACACUGCUGGGUUGUUUGUGCAGUGCGAUAUCUGCAAAGUCUGGCAGCACGGCGGGUGUGUCGGGAUUAUGACUGAGGAAUCAAGCCCCGAUGAGUAUUUCUGCGAGCAAUGUCGCGCCGAUUUACAUAAGCUUUGGACGGCAAGCAAUGGAAGCGUAUUCUCACACUAUCUUCCACUGAAGCGGAACGCAAGAACAACAUCACGAGCAGCGUCGCUGAACAAGGACACAGCGCGUUCCCCGACCAAAGAGAAAGACAGCCGGAACGGGCGAGCAUCAUCCAGCAAUCAGACGUCGAAGCGACGCUCGACGCUGAACAGCAGAGAAGCUGGGUAUGACGAAGCAGAGGCUCUCAGGCGGGCAAUCGAAGCCAGCAAAGAAGAUGCGCUCCCUGAGCAACUCGAGAAUGGGAGUAGACGACCAAAACGGGGAAGAAGUGACAGCCAAGAGAAACCGGAGAAUGUGAAACGUCACAAAACGAGUUCCCGGUCAUCGUCGCCUCUAUCCGAUAAGAACGCCGAAGAUUCAGACGAAGCCGAUGCCACCGGCCGUAACGGGGCAUCAAAAUCGAAGUUGCGGAGCCGGGCAGCAUCGCGCACUCAGCGAGUCGAAAAAGCAUCCGAGAAGGAGGAACGAGAGCGACUACGAACCGAGGCAGCCAGCAAACGGAAAGGAAGGGCUGAGCGUCGGCGAGCUGAUGAUUCAGAUCCUUCUGAAGAAAUGCCCCUGGCAGCUCGGGCAGCGGCGAACAGGACAGCCCAGGCUGCAGGCGGACCGAAUGCGACAGGCAUCACCACGACAGAAGCGGUUGGACCUGCAGCGGCAGGUGAGCCACCGGCUACAUCAAACCCAGCUCCCGACACCCCGCCCACAGUACCCGUACAGGCCAAGGUCGACAAGAAGAGGUCCCACAAGAAGAAAGGAAGGAACCAGUAUACUCGGGAUCGUGAUGCUCACGAGGAUGACUCGCCCGGGAGGUCCCAGUCGCGUGAUAUUCAAAGGGAUGACCACGGCCCACCAAGCGGCGGAAAAGCGGCCGGGGAGGGGCACGGGAAAGCAAAUUCGAGACAGAAAGGAGGCAUGAGCAGCAAAAUCACCAUGAACGACAUGAAGAGGAGGGCAGCAGCGCUGCUGGACUUCAUCUCUAGAACACAAGUGGAGCUGGCCGGCGAGUCAUUCGCAGGAACGACAGCUGGGACGACAAACAGCGCUAAUGACACCCCCCUGGGGACUUCGGAGAAAGCCGAAGAUGGAGUCGACCCACCCCCGGCGCUGGUUUCCGGAGAGGACGGGCAACCACGAUCGGAAAAGGACUUCAAGGAGCUCGGAUGUAUGGAGAUGAUGGACACCCUCACGCGGCGGCUGGUCAAAUGGCAACAACAGUAUGCCACUUAGUGUGGUACCAAGUUAUCUUGUCUGUGGUCAUGUAUAUCACGGGACGCGGUCUUCGCUCCCAUAUCUGUGCAUUUGACAGGCGUUGGCGGGCUUUCUGACUUUCGGCUGUGGCGUUUGGAUUACAAGGGCGCAAAGCAUGGCGCAUGUGGCAUGGCCGCUCGGGGUAUACACAGUUUACUUCAUUUGCUAGCCCUGUCAACGGGCAGAUCGCCGCUGUUCUGGGACAGGAACGGAUGGGGCUAAUUUUCUGGGAGGUUUGUUUCUC